UGUAUAUCGUGAGACUUAUAUCAAGAUAUUGUCGAGGUUCACAUCUCAUAUAUUAUUGAAAAACCUUUGAAAAAUUUUUCCUUUUCUUCUUGACAUGUUAUAAUUUUGUUCUCUAUUUCGAUGUAGCAAUGGAAAUAUUACAUUUUCUAUAUAAUCAAACGUGUAUGUAGAAAUAGUUUAUCCAAUUAUCUUGAGGACAUACUGCAAUGUAUUGAAGACAAUUAUUGCAAUUUUGUUAUUAUAAAGAUACAGAUAUUAAAUAUGCAAAAGUAAGUAGGAAAUAUCGAUGGAAAAUAUUGUUACCAUCGAGAAGUAACGUCAUAAGUCUAUAGACCUUCUACAGGGCCUUGUACCCUCGUGAAAUUAUGUUAUUUUGUCUUACUUCUCGCAUAAUAGAGAUUCUGUUAGGCUAAAGUUAUCUUGAGAGCAAUGAAUAUUGACCUAAUAUUUCCAUUAUUAUACUCAAAAAGUUAUAACACGUUAUAUAGUCUUAUACAACCCAAUUCUGCUAUAUUUAUUUUUCCGUUUACUUUUCUUUCCACACAAUUAAAUUAAUAUAACAUCUGAUAUAAUGCAUAUUUUGAAAUUGACGUAUACAAUUGUUACGAUAUCUGGAUGUUUUCGGCCGCAAUCGUGGACAUCUUUAUUUAAACGAACAGUUUACAAUAUCUACAGAUUAUAUGUAAUUAUCAUGUUGUACACGUUCACAAUAUUUCAAAUUAUGGACCUCGUCCUGUAUGUCGACAAUACUAACGACUUCACAAACAAUCUGAAUAUGAUGUUGACCGUAUCAAUUUCAUGCUAUAAAGUACUCAUCAUGUGUUUAAAUUAUGAGAAUAUUGUAGCGUUAAUUAACUAUCUUACCGAGGAGCCGUUUAAACCACUAGAUUCGGAUGAGAUGAAAAUUCGACGACGAUAUGAUAAACUAAUACGGAACAAUACAUUAAGGUACACACUCUUAGUUACGGCAACAUGCAUAAUCGUCAUUUCGUCUUCAGUAUUCACUGACUUUAGACACAAAAGGCUAAAAUAUAGAGAAUGGAUACCAUACGAUUAUUCAUCUUACAAGAUAUUUUGCUUCACAUAUGCUCAACAACUUUUAAGCGCAUGUUAUAGCGGUAUUGUAAACGUCGCAAUAGAUAGCCUUGUGUGCGGAUUGUUUAUGCACAUAUGUUGUCAAAUUGAGAUUUUGGAAUAUCGCCUGAGAAAAAUUUUGAGCAAUCAACUUACUGUUGCUUAUUGCGUACGGCAUCAUAAUCGAAUUUUUAA